AUGUUCUGGAUUUUUACUUUUGGGCUCCUGUAUAUUCCCAAUUUUGUUUGUGCCUUCACUGACAAUGAAUGUUAUGUAAUAACAAGUGAUUAUUUUUACCAUGAUGGAGAUGUGUCAAUUGGUGCAUUUUUUCCUCUUCAUAUUUUAUACACAGGCAACAAAGUUCCUGAUAAAUAUGUGCCAUACAAAUUCCAAGAUGUUCACAUACAAUACAAAUUGAAGAACUAUGAGUUUGUUCUGGCUCUUAUGUUUGCCAUUGAGGAGAUCAACAGAAACCCUCAUCUUCUACCCAAUACAACUGUUGGAUAUGAUAUCUAUAAUAUUCCAUAUACUGAAAAGAAUAUUCUUUAUAGUGCCUUUCUUUGGCGUACUGGGAUAAUCAAUCCCCUUCCUAAUUGUGACUGUGGACACAAGAGAAAGUCACCUGCCGUACUCACAGGACCAUCAUGGUCAGUAUCUGCCCAUUUGGGAUCACUGCUCCAACUUUACAAAAUACCUCAGGUCACUUUUGGGCCUUUUGAUUCUAUCUUGAAUGAUCGAGGUCAGUUUAAUUCUCUCUAUCAGAUGGCCCCCAAAGACACAUCCCUAUCACUUGCCAUAGUCUUUUUGAUGCUUCAUUUCAGCUGGUCAUGGGUUGGUCUGAUCCUCCCAGAUGACCACAGAGGGACUCAAAUUCUAUCAGACUUGAGAAAAAAUAUGGAGAGCCAUGGCAUCUGCAUAGCCUUUUUGAAAAUGAUCUCUGGCACAUGGAAUGCAUUUUCCAACGCAUUAUGGAAACAUAUGGAGAAUAUUGAGGACUCAUCAGCAAAUGUGAUAAUUAUUUAUGGAGAUAUUAUUUCUGUACAAGGUUUAAUGCGACAUAUUGCACAGCUGUUAGUGACAUGGAAAGUCUGGGUCUUGAACUCUUCGUGGGAUGAUGAUAGACAUUCUGAUUAUUUUAUGGUUGAGUCAUUUCAUGGGAGUCUCAUUUUUUCACACCACCAUGAAAAGGUGGUUGAGUUUAUGAAUUUUGUUCAAACAGUUAAUCCCUACAAAUAUCCAGAGGACAAUUAUCUUCCUAAGUUUUGGUUUUUGUUUUUCAAGUGCUCAUUUUCUAAGUUUGAUUGUCAACUUUUGAAGAACUGCCAACCCAAUGCUUCUUUAGAUUUACUUCCCAGACAUCUUUUUGACCCAUCCAUGAGUGAAGAAGGCUACAAUAUAUACAAUGCUGUGUAUGCUGUGGCCUAUAGUCUCCAUGAGAUGAGUCUUCAACAAAUACAGACCCAACCAUAUGCCGUUGGAGAAGAGAUGGUAUUCUCCCCCUGGCAGCUUCUCCCUUUCCUACAGAACAUGAUAAUCAAAAGUCAUGUGAGAGUAAUUGAUGGGGGAAGAAAUCUAGAUGCAUGCUAUGACAUUCUUAAUUUUUGGAAUUUUCCACGUGGUCUUGGAUUAAAGGUCAAAGUAGGAAGCUACUCUCUGAGUGCUGACCAGGGUCUACAGUUCUCUUUAUGUGAGCAGAUGAUACAGUGGCCUUCAGGGUUUACAACGAUUCCUCAGUCUGUGUGCAGUCAGAGCUGUAGGCCUGGAUUCAGAAAAGCUGCCCAGGAAGGCAAGGCUGUCUGCUGCUUUGAUUGUUCUCCCUGUGCAGACAAUGAGAUUUCCAAUGAGACAGAUAUGGAUCAGUGUGUUAAGUGUCCAGAAUCUCACUAUGCCAACUCAGAGAAGAACCACUGCCUCCAGAAAUCUGUGAGCUUUUUAGCAUAUAAAGAGCCCUUGGGGAUGGCACUCACCAUCACAGCACUGUGCUUCUCUGUACUCACAGCUGUGAUUCUUGGAGUCUUUGUGAAGCACAGAGACACACCCAUUGUCAAGGCCAAUAACCGGGCUCUCAGCUACAUCCUAUUAUUGACACUCUUCUUCUGUUUCCUCAGUUCCCUGUUAUUCAUUGGCCAGCCCAACACAAACACCUGCAUCUUGCAACAGACAGUAUUUGGAAUUUUGUUCACUGUGGCUCUCUCCACAGUGUUGGCCAAAGCUAUUACAGUAGUUAUUGCAUUCAAGGCCACUGUUCCAGCUAGAAUGGUGAGGUGGUUAAUGGUAUCAAGAGCCCCUAAUUUCAUCAUUCCCAUCUGCACACUGAUUCAACUUGUUAACUGUGGAAUCUGGCUGAUUACUUCUCCACCCUUUAUUGAUCAAGAUACUCAUGCUGAAUAUGAUCACAUCAUCAUUGUGUGCAACAUGGCUUCAACAGUUGCCUUCCACACUGUCCUGGGAUACCUCUGCUCCUUAGCACUUGGGAGCUACACAAUGGCCUUCUUGUCCAGGAAUCUGCCUGACACAUUUAAUGAAGCCAAGUUCCUGUCAUUCAGCAUGCAGGUAUUCUUCUGUGUUUGGAUCACUUUCCUUCCUGUCUACCAUAGCACAAAGGGGAAAGUCAUGGUGGCUAUGGAAGUGUUCUCCAUCUUGGCUUCCAGUAUAGCACUCCUUGGAUUGAUUUUUGUCCCCAAGUGCUACAUUAUUUUGUUAAGGCCAGAAAAGAACUCCUUUCUUGGCAUCAGGCACAAACAACAUUCAAGAAGGAAUAUUCAUUUAAAUUUAGUUAAAAAUUAA